GAAUGUGUGUAACUGCAUGCGGGGUGAUUUAAUGCCAUGGAAUGGAAGGAAGAUUGACAAUAACUUAAAAGGGGGCCACAGGGAGAAAGAGAGAGACACUUGUGUUUUGCUUUUUAUGUGCACCCAAAGAAGUCUGAGCCAAAGGGGGAUUCUGCAUGUUUUGUAUCUUUGUCAUUUAAGACGUUUUAAUAAUGUUGGCUCUGAAAAAGAACUUCAAGGUUUGUACCUAGAAAUACCCGUUUUAUUGUAUGUUUUUGGUCUUCAAAGGCAUGUAGAGUCUGCAGUUUUCUCAGAGGCAUAAAUGAAUACAACUUUGUGAUAUUGAAGAGGACUAGAAGUCUGAACAUAUAAUUAUGUGUGAUGAUAGAGAUUUUAUCAAAUCAGUAUAGUUUGCAUGAUUUAAAACACUCUAUAGUACAAGAAGAAAGAGCUUGGAACUGACAUGCUGGGGUCUUAGCAGCUUACAAGAUGGUACAAACUACAAUUUUCUGUGAGAACCUAAAGUAUUUAAGUUUUACAAGGUGAAUUUCUUUUGUCAAGAGACUCUGUCAGCUCUGUUUGAAGAAGAAAAGACCUUCGCUGCUCUUUGAUUCAUGAGGAGGGAUCAGGAAGAAUCUUUGCUCUCUGCUGGUUACGGAUUUCCGUAUGAAGCAUUUGUGAGGAGAGAAAAGUCUGCAGAUUCAAGCUGCCUGGCGCUGGGGCAUUGCACCAAAGGCCUGCUGUACAAGAGAGGUCUGCUGCUGCAGUUAGCUGAAUGAUUUGACAGACAAUAGCAGUCAUGCUGUGUGGACUAAGGAGGGAAGUGAAGUCCGGCUUUGAUGAUGGCCCUUACUCAAAGGGGAACAAGGACCCUGCAGGGACAGACAAUUCCCUGGCUUCCAGAAGACAGAGUAUCCCAGAAGAGUUUCGGGGAGUCACAAUUGUGGAGCUGAUAAAGAAGGAAGGCAGCACUCUGGGGCUGACUAUCUCUGGGGGGACAGAUAAAGAUGGAAAGCCAAGAGUGUCGAAUCUGAGACCCGGCGGGCUGGCUGCAAGGAGUGACCAGCUGAAUGUGGGAGACUACAUCAAGUCUGUGAACGGGAUCAACCUGACUAAGCUUCGGCAUGACGAGAUCAUCAGUCUGCUGAAAAAUGUGGGCGAACGAGUGGUGCUUGAAGUGGAAUAUGAGCUGCCCCCUGCUGCUCCUGAUAGUAGUUCAGGUGUUAUACCCAAGACAAUUGAGAUCUGCUUGAACAAGGAAGGCAACAGCUUUGGGUUUGUCAUGCGAGGUGGGUCUCAUGAAGACUGGCAUAAGUCCCGGCCCCUGGUGGUCACCUAUGUCAGGCCCGGAGGACCAGCAGACAGGGAGGGCACGCUAAAAGCUGGUGAUCGUCUCCUGAGCGUCGAUGGAGUUCCACUCCACAACGUGUCUCAUGCUGAUGCCCUAAAUGUGCUCCAGCAGUGUGGCCAGGAGGCCCUCUUCCAAAUUGAGUACGAUGUCUCCAUUGUCGAUUCUGUGACAAACGCUUCAGGUCCUUUGUUGGUUGAGAUUGCCAAGUCUCCAGGAGCAGCACUUGGAAUCACCUUAAGCACUACAACACACAGGAACAAGCAAGUGAUCGUCAUUGACAAGAUCAAACCAGCAAGUGUGGUAGACCGGUGUGGGGCUCUGCACGUUGGAGAUCACAUCCUCUCGAUAGAUGGUACGAGUACAGAGCACUGCUCACUUUUGGAAGCCACACAGUUGUUAGCCAGCACCACGGAGAACGUCAAGCUGGAGAUCCUCCCUGCACAUCAUAGCCGACUGCCAAUCAAGCCACAGGACACUGUGAAAGUACAGAAGAGUGACCAUCAUCACUGUUGGGAUCCCUGUGUCAAUUACUGCCACACUCAGCAUCCUGGACACUGCAAGACCCCAACGUGGACUUCCUCUAAUUCCACCACCAACCAGGAGUACUGCAAGUCUCUGGUGUCUACCAAUUUCUCCCCUGGCUCCACAAACACUUCGGGAUUCCCCACCCAGAAUGCCAGCACCCUGCCUCGUAACUCACAUCCCAUGAGUCCCCGGAAUACGAUGAUGAAGAGGAGGCAAAGGAAGAAGGAGCACAAGAGCUCUUUAUCUCUAGCCUCCAGCACCUUGGGGCCCGGUGGGCAGAUUGUCCACACGGAGACCAGUGAGAUCACACUAAGAGGUGACCCACUCAACGGUUUUGGCGUUCAGCUCCAGGGAGGCAUCUUCGCCACUGAGACCCUGUCUGCCCCUCCCCUCAUUCGCUUCAUCGAACCGGACAGCCCUGCUGAGAGGUGUGGGUUGCUCCAGGUUGGAGACCGACUUUUGUCCAUUAACAGCAUUCCAACUGAAGAUGGAACUCUUGAGGAGGCCAAUCAGCUCUUACGAGAUGCAGCACUAUCCAAUAAAGUUACUCUGGAAAUAGAAUUUGAUGUUGCAGAAUCUGUUGUCCCCAGUAGUGGUACAUUCCAUGUUAAAUUGCCCAAGAAAAGAGGGGUAGAGCUGGGAAUUACAAUCAGUGCAAGCAAAAAGCCAGGGGAGCCCCUGAUCAUCUCUGAUAUUAAAAAAGGAAGCAUGGCGCAUAGAACAGGCACCUUAGAGCCAGGAGACAAACUGCUGGCCAUUGACAACAUCCGCCUGGAGAACUGCUCCAUGGAAGAUGCAGUUCAGAUCCUGCAGCAAUGUGAGGACCUGGUCAAGCUAAAGAUCCGCAAAGAUGAGGACAACUCCGAUGAACAGGAGAUGACUGGCUCAAUAAUCUACACUGUGGAGCUGAAGAGAUAUGGGGGCCCUCUGGGAAUCACCAUCUCUGGGACUGAAGAGCCCUUUGACCCCAUUGUCAUUUCUGGCUUAACCAGGAGAGGGCUGGCUGAAAGGACUGGAGCAAUCCACAUAGGAGACAGGAUUUUGGCCAUCAAUAAUGUUAGCCUGAAAGGGAAACCGCUGAGCGAGGCAAUUCAUCUGCUCCAGAUGGCAGGAGAGACGGUCACCCUCAAGAUCAAGAAGCAAGUAGAUAAGCCAGGCACCAAGAAGAAAUCUGGGGUCAUAAAUGAUCUGAGUGACCCUGAAGAUGAGAUGACAGACUCCCAGAAGACCAGCAAGCUGUCCGAGAUCUAUUCCACCACCAUUCCUAGUGUAGACAGCGCACUGGAAUCCUGGGAUGGUUCGGGCAUCGAUGCUGGCUAUGGUAGUCAAGGAACAUAUAUCCAUCAGGCAGCAGCUGGAAUUGCACUACACCCCCAUGAGUGGAGGAACACCAAGCACCGGAACAGCACCCCUCCCACUAAUCGCCGGAAGAACUACCCCUUCGCUGAUGGGGGCUUCAGUGAGGAUGACUGGGACAAGACUACGGGAUAUGUCAGCCACCAGCACCAUGAUGGACUCAAUCUGGACCAUGAGGACAGUUUUUGGUGCCAGGCUUUGGAGGACUUAGAAACUUGUGGGCAGUCAGAGCUCCUAAGGGAGAUUGAGGCCUCAAUAAUGACCGGAAGUGCACUCAGUUUAGGUGUCGAUGGAAAUAAGUCACAUAUACCUGUAGAUUCUAUCAACCAGCCUGGAAUGAGUCCAGUCAGAAAAGCUACUCUUCUCCAUGACAGUGGAAAGAACAAAACUUCAAGCCGAGGAUCUGAGAAGACCUGGGAGUCCCGGAGGAUCAAAGAGGAGAUUCAGGAGAUCAUGUCUCCAACACCACUAGAGCUGCACAAGGUGACAAUCAUGAAGGACCCUGAAAGUGAUGACUUUGGCUUCAGUGUGUCUGAUGGGUUCCUGGAGAAAGGAGUUUAUGUGAACAUGAUCCGUCCUGAUGGACCAGCUGACCGUGGGGGGCUGAAACCGUACGACAGGAUUCUACAGGUGAACCACGUCCGCACAAGGGACUUCGACUGUUGCCUGGCCGUGCCUCUGAUCACGGAGGCGGGUGACAAACUCGAGCUGGUGAUCAGCCGAAACCCUUUGGCUCAGUCCACACACAUGCAGGGGGAAGAAGAUUCUGGGGAACUACAGGGCAAGCACUCCGGGAACAGGGAAAACAAGACCAGCACAAUGGACCUCUGAAAAGAGUUCAGGAAAAGCACUUCACUUCCUACUGUACUUCCCUGCUGCUGGCAGAGAAAGGUUCCUUUUUGCGUUUCUUUGUUUGUUUGUUGUUUUUCCCUCAGCACGUAACUUUCUACUGUGUAGUCUCACACUUCAAAAAAGAGUCUUGAUCCUGGAAUCCUAUUAUUCUCCCAAAUUACUUUGGCAAGAAGCGCUGCACUGCAGCCAACAAAAGCACACAGCAUAAAGAGCAAGCGAGCACCAAACAUGCAAGAGAGAACCUGCCUUUAAUAAAUUUGGAGCCAAAAGUUAAAAACAACAGGUACUGCCUGACUCAAAAAUGUUUUCUUUCCCUUAAAAGUUCUGUUUUGGUUGAGGUCAGGAGAUGUUUUGGUUGAGGUUUCAAUGAUUUUCCUUUAACUUUAUUCCCCUUAGGGCAUCUUUGGAUAUGCUCUUUGGUGUUUUGUCAUUGAUUCUAUUGCACAUCAAGCAAAGCAGGAAUUUCACUUCACAGAAUAAAUAAAUGUUAGAAACUGAGGACAAAAACAUAUUUUUCCUUAGGUUUCCAGAUCUUUCCACUUUCCUGUUCCCUUUAUUCAUAUUUACAUUUAGAAUGCCACUCUCCCCUGAUUACCGUUAUCCAUUAUAUCACUACUCCAAUCAGUACUGCACAGCUCUUUGUAGUUCUUUGUAGUUGUAUUUUGUGUUGGUGUUUCAUGACUGAAACUCCUCAUUUUGUGCACUGUAGUGUUCGCUAUUCCCCACUCUUUCCCUUGGUUUCUUUUAAUUCAUUCUGUACCACCAAGCUUCAGUACGAGACUGAUCAUACACCUUUGAUGUCACAGGAGUAUAGUCUCUGUCCUGGUUCUUCCCCUUUUCAUUUGGUAUUACAGAAGAUGGUUUGAUUGAUUUAUGGGGUAUUUUAAUGGGGCCACUUCACCAAUAUCUCUACUUUUCCAUUGCAUUAAUCGUUGAAUUCUUAAGCUUCGCCUGUAGAUGGUGGUACAGUUUUCCAUAUGUUGUUUUAUGUUUUAUUUUUAAUAUACAGUACAUAACCACUUCAGGAAACAAACUGAGGUAAGCAAAACUGCUUUGAAAAAUUACUUCUCUGAGCACAGUUUUAGCACACAGUUUUGUUUUUACAUUCUUGUUCACAAUCAGUGGACUCUUAUAAAUGGACUUUGCACAUGCAACAAAAUGUUAGUUCACUUCCAGUACUUUUGUUUUCUUUCUUACAGGAACCAUCUGCUACUUUCAUUGUAUGUAGCAUGCGUGCUUUUUACCACAUAUGGUGCUGCAAUUUUGUAACUUUUUCAAUGUAUUAUGUACUGUACAUAUAAAAUGCCAUUCCUUUUCUUAUUUGUUGUGCUUUUGAUGUUUGUGUAAUUUGUCAGUCUGCAGUUUUUACCAUGUGUCAGGAUUAAAGGUAACUAGAGUUUAAAGCCUUAUGACUAUGUGACCUAUACAAAUAAGAUAAGGCUAAACAAACAGUUUUGGAGUAAUUCUUCUUUUUUUUUUUGUUUACUGGCAGAGUUUUUAAGAGGGGGGCCUUUAUUGAAAGAUGAUUGCACUGGUGAAAGUGACCCCAGCAGUCUAUUAUCCAUUAACUUUCUAUUCCAUUUUUAAAAUCCCAUAGAGCUAUUGUUAUUUACAGUAUUUGUCAAGGAAGCAAUUCAUUUGCAAGCUGUUUUUAUAGCUGCAGUCCAUUGAUUUUUUUCACUUUGCCCCAUGUUCUAGAAAAAAACUGUUUUUCUUAAGCCAAUUGAUGGAUAGUUCAAGAGUGGAAUCCUGACCAAAAAGCAGAAUUUUUACCCUCACGAACUUUGUAGCUUGUAAUAACAGACUGACCUUUUACACAGUGCCAUAACAGAAAAAAAACUUAGACAUCGAACUAUCCAGGAAAAAGCAGUUCUAAAAAAAGCCACCUUAGUAUUAGUAAUUUGUUACCAGUAGGAGAAAAUCUGUGGAUGUUUUUAAUGUAUUUCCAAUUGGUUUCUUUUCACUUUAAUUGUGUUAUAGGCCUUUUUGUGUAGUCUGGGCAUACUUGACCACACUAUUUUCUAUUUUUGACACUGUAUUUCAUUUACUUCCAUUCAUGCUGCCAAAUAACUAAAUAGAAUUAUCAGUGGAUUAGUAAGUAUGAUCUGCCUGCCCUCGGGUCUCUUUGUGUCCUUGCUGAAACGCACAAGAAAGAUCUUUUUACCAUAAAAUAGAAAGCUGCUUUUGUUCACUCAGAUUUUUGAGAAUGCUGAACAGAACACAAUCUGUUUCGUUCAGAUGUAAACUUGCUAAGAGCUUUCUCUCAGUGUUCUGUCGGAAUGCUCUUUUUCUGCCUCUGGAAUCUUUUUAAGCUCUUACGUAAUUGCUCAAAUCCGCAACAAAAUCAGAUCCUUUAAAAACGACCCAGAUCAGUUUCUAUUUGUAAGGAUGCAUUUCUGUUUCGUUUAAAUUAUAGGCUCUGACACAAAGCCGAGCUGAGUGAUAAGUUGACUGCGUAUUUUUAAUUCAUUCACUAGAGAUGAAGUAUUGUUUUUACCUAGAACCUUUGGUAUUUUUUAAGUGUUCAGUACCUGAUCUGUUGUAUGUAAGUAUAUUAAUGUGCCAUAAUAUUUGACACCGAAAGGUAUUGCUAAAUGUUUUAUAUGCAAUAUUCUAAGGAAGCCUGGAGUCAUGCUUCUGGUUUUUACUCAAGCGUUUUAAGGCUUUAAAUUUGCCUCUUUGUUUCCAUCCCUAUGCAUUUUGAAUGAUAUGUAUGCAUUAAUAUUAAUGUGUAUUUUUAAAUGUGUAAUAUUAAAGAUGUAUUCUCUGUAUAGUAUUUUUAUAUGAGAUUUUCUUCGCUGAUGUAUCUAAGCACAAUAUUGGAAGCUUGAUGGAUUCAGAACUAUUUUGGUCUGGCUGGAUGCAACUGUAAAUAUUCUUUAUUAAAGAGGGACUGUAAUGAUUACUUCCUUUUUAUAUAAAU